GGGUAGGUCACGUGACGUCCACAGCCGAGAACAAGAUGGAUGCCUAUUGACGCCAACAGACGAGGGAUUCGGAGGUCAUAUUUGUUUGCAAAAUUCGAUAAUGAGCUGUGAAAGAUGGUGAAGAGAUGCUACAUACACGGAUGCACGAGCGUGGACUCUGGUGAGGACACGAAAUUGUUUCCUUUCCCCGACUCUGCCGCAAAGAGAAAAUUGUGGCUGAACAAAAUUGUGGGCAGACGCUCCCCGACCAAGUCCCCCACGGAUAAUGACUGUGUGUGUUCCCUACACUUCCGCUCGGAGUGUUUCACGGAAAGUAAGCGAGGCAUAGAAUUGAAAGACGAUGCGUUCCCUACUGAACGCCUACUUCCAGUUCCAGGGCCGCUAUGGCGUUUUACUGCACUGGAAGACGUACCCAGCGAUUCCUACUCCUGUCUGGUUUGCAAUGGCAACAUCAAACACAUGUACGAACUUCUCAAAGAAGUUCACAUUCAUCGAGAAAACCGUUGUCUCGUAUGUGGACACUGUCGAGAUAUCUUCGACUCGUACAGCAAAUACAUGGCACACGUCACUGAACUUGGCGUCGCCAAACCGUUCGUGCCGUCUCGGAAUCCUGGACCAGCCAAAGAUGUCCCAGUUCAAUUCGAGUGCGCCGAGUGUUGUGCGCUGUUCGAAACGAACAUCGCAAGAAAUGUUCACGUGUCGAUGACACACAACUUGAAACACACUAUGGAAUUUGCGAGGCGUGAGGAACGGGAACGAGAAAAAGCUGCAAGACCGAAGAAAGGGAGGUGCAGGAAGAUAUUGGCGGAUGACUUCGAAGAGACGGAGGUCACGCUCCGAAGAAGUAGCAGAACUCGGAAACGGAAAGUUUUGGCAGACAGAAACGGUAAAUCCGCGAGAACAAAAAAGUGCUCAGCCAGGCACAAAGGGCGCGCCAUAAAUGUUAAGACGAGGAUUGAAAAGUUGGAAAGAGCUACGCAAGACGCCAUGGAAAGGCUUCACAAAAUCAUGAAGCAGACUCCGACAAAGCAAAAGGUUUGCAAUCGUGCUGAAAGCUUAACAAACGAAAGGAUUGAGGAGGCCGAUGAAAAAACUAUAGAGGGUAUCGGGGAACAAGAAAACAGUACAGAAAGACACCAUCCAGUGCACUGGUACACUGCACAACCUUUCAGCUGUGGCUUCUGCUGCAGAGAAUUUGUCAGUCAGAGAAAUCUGGACAGACACUGCAUUCUCAAACAUCCGGACCGAGACGUCGCGUUGGAGUUGAUGUGUGAGGUGGACAGCAGCUACAACCUGAACACGGGAGACUUCUGCAAGGCGUGCCUCAGGAAAAACUUGUGCCUAGAAAUAUUGCAGGAGCUGCUGGAUGAUACAGACAGUACGGACUGUAGCAACACCAAGGUGGCCAUAAUUGCGUCAUCCGAAAACUGUGAUGACUUAGUGUGUUCCGAAUGAGAUCAUCUUUUGUUGGACUUGUUAAGACAAGCAUAACGUACGUGUUGUGUGCUUUGAAUAGCUUGGAUAUUAUGCGAAGCCUCUUAGGAAGCAAUAAUAUCGAAGGUGUGCUUACAAAGCAACAUCUGGGGCACUAAAAAGAUCACAAUACGUGUGUUCGACCUGACGAUGACAGGAAUUCUGCAGUGCCACCCAUAUGAUGCCCCCAGGUUUAUUUCAUUCCAUCCAUAUGCUCUUGCAUGUAUUUGCUAAUUCUCAAAGCACGCUACUAUGCGAUGUAGAGCCAGUUACUGCAACCAGUGGGAACAAGUUUCGUGGCCACGAUUUAUGUUAAUGUUACCCUCCAAUUUAAUUUAAUUGAAUUUGUGCUGAACCUAAGAGCGUGUUCACCUACUCUUACCUCACACUAAAGUGGCAUAAAGAGAUGUUUGCAACGAGCACCUAGAGCUGUCAUUCUUGGGUUGAACACGGCAAUCAGUAUUAGAGAUCAUUGUGGUUAUUCACAGAUCCCCGAGUGGUUUUUACAAACUGCGGAUAGAAGUUCGGUGGUGCUGCAGGUAAAAUGUGCGUCCGCAGGUGAUGCAGAUAGACCUGCAUUAUCCGCGCAGACUAAAGCUUUACCCAGCCCGUUGCAGGCUUACCCAUUAAUUUCAGCAUUUCCUCCAGCCUUCGUUGCAAAAAAUGCCUGUAAAUGUGUGAAACUAUUUUUUGCGGGCUACCUAUAACCAUGAACUUGACUACCCAUGUCAGUUGAUGACACACUUCAUCAAGUGCUGUAAACAUCUUGGUUGUUUUCCCAUGGGGAUUUGGAGGUUUUUGUUUGUAACUUUGGAUUGCAAUGCCGGUUUGUAAUUUAUCACGACGAAACACACCAAUUAAAGUUCCACGUGGACACAGGAAUUUUCCAUCUGGAUUGAGUAAUUAGGGAGUACAGCGUCCCCAGUAUAUAUUGCUCCAGGAAAAACGAACAAACAUUUUUUUAAAUUUUUAGCGCUUUCGUGCAGAACGUGGACUUUCUUUAGGACUUUGUGCUUCUUUAGCCUGGUAUGGAUAGCAGACUCUCGGACCUUGUUGUUCUAUUAGAAAUUGGACAACUCUUGCAAAUGCCAUGGUGGUGGUGAUGGUGAAAGGACUCACAGAGGUGGGCAACGUCACAACACCCUGGGAAAUGUGCGUCCUGGGCAGACUUCUAAGGGAACUCUGCAGACAUACGUCUGAAAGCGUCUGAGGAAAACCCCCACACAGCACAGCUGGCCAGCUGACAUGGCCAGCAAGCUAACCACUGAGCUGUUGACAUGUUUCCAUAUAAGCGAAUCAGAAUGACACUGUCUCUGAAACAUUGUUUCCAGUACCUUGGUUUGAAUAUGGAUAACCAAUUCGGGAUAACCAGAUAGAAAGUUGGUUCCUGAGUUUUUUGUAUAAGUAAAUGAUGGGUAAGACAGACAACUGUAUAUACUAUGCCAUGCAUUGCAGACAUUGCUUUUAAUAACGUUUACAAUGGCGUCCACACACAGACCCAACUAAUGUACAUAUAAUGCGCUUUUGAUGCCCUUCCAACAUGUUUCGCAAACUUUGAGGCAAUCCUGGCCCAAAAUGUGAAAAUAUUUUCUACACACACACACACAAAAGAAUAAAAUAUUUGGCCCGACCUUUCA